UGUCCCAUUCAAAAGGAACGUCGGGCACAAGUGCGCAAGCGUGAGGUGGAAGGGGGCGGAGACCGAGCGGGGAGUCGGAUCGGGCUGGGGCUCUGCCCGCGCACGCGCAGACGCAGCGGCUCUCCGCAGCCGCCCACCAGGCGGAAGCCUUUAGCCUCUUCCCGCCAUUCCGGGAGGCGGGGCCUGACGCGGGGCUGAUGACGUCAGCGACCGCGACCCUGGCUCGCGGGCUGGCGGCUUUCCCUGGCGCUGAAGAGUCUCUGGCAGCUGGGCCUGCAGGGCUUCCCUAAGACGACAGAAUUUUUAGAUCCUCCCUGGGACACUGUUAUGGCUCUUCCUCACGUGCAGCCGCCAAGCUUCUUAUUGGCGAGUUUGAAAGCAGACUGUGUGAGCAAGCCUUUCACUCAGCGGUGCCAUGACCUGGCGAAGGUGAUUGAGGACUUCCCGGCCAAGGAGCUGCACUACAUUUUCCCAUGGCUCGUAGAAAACAUUUUUGGCAGUUUUACGGCCAUCCUGGUCGGCUGGAACCUCCGGUGUUUGCAAGGAAGAGUGAACCCCAUGGAGUACAGCGUUGCCAUGGAAUUCUGGACCCCAGGCAUUGGGCCAAUGAUGAAGCUGGUGUACAAACUCCAGGCUGAGGAUAAGUAUGAUUUUCCUGUGUCCUACCUCCCUGAGCCCGUGCGAGCGUGCAUACAGGAACGUGUCCUCCCAGAGUGCCCACUCUAUCACAAUAAGGUCCAGCUCCCUACUGCGGGCGCUCAGGGCUUGCAUUUGGCCCUCAAUCCGUUUGAAUACUACAUGUUCUUCUUUGCGUUGAGCCUCAUCACACAAAGGAAUUUUCCUUUGUCGAUUCACGUCCGAACUUCCGACUGUGCCUAUUUCCUCCUGGUAGACCGGUUGACGUGGUUCUUACCCACAGAAGGAAAUGUCGUCCCUCCGCCUUCAACCACCCUGGGGGGCACCAUCCCUUCUCCCACUCCCAGGACCCCAGCCGUGCCUUUUACCUCCUACGGCCUGCCCCACACCAGCCUGCUGAAGCGACACAUUUCCCAUCAGCCCUCGGUGAAUGCGGAUCCUGCCUCUCAGGAGAUCUGGAGAUCAGAAACUCUGCUCCAGGUCUUUGUGGAGAUGUGGCUUCACCAUUAUUCCCUGGAGGUGUAUCAGAAAAUGCAGUCCCCUCAUGCCAAGCUGGAGGUUCUCCACUACCGACUCAGUAUCUCCAGUAGCCUCCACAGUUCUCCUGCCCAACCCAGCUACAGGCCCUCCACGCGUACCCAAGAAUCAUUCAAGCCGACCGAAGAGCACGUGCUGGUGGUGAGGCUGCUCCUGAAACACCUGCACGCCUUCUCCAACAGCCUGAAGCCCGAGCAGGCAUCCCCCUCCACGCACUCACACACGGCCAGCCCCCUGGAGGAGUUCAAGCGAGUGGUCAUCCCGCGCUUUGUGCAGCAGAAGCUCUACAUCUUCCUUCAACACUGCUUUGGCCACUGGCCCUUGGACGCUUCUUUUCGAGCCGUCCUGGAGAUGUGGCUGAGUUACUUACAGCCGUGGAGAUACGCCCCAGAGAAACAGUGUGUGGCUGCAGAUCUUCAGCCUCGAAGUGUCCCCGAAAAGUGGGCUCCCUUUGUGCAGGAAAACCUGCUGAUGUACACCAAGCUCUUCAUAGGCUUUCUCAGCCGCGCCCUCCGCACAGAUCUGGUGAGCCCCAAGAACGCACUCAUGCUGUUCCGUGUCGCCAAGGUCUUUGCCCAGCCCAACCUGGCAGAGAUGAUCCAGAAGGGAGAGCAGCUGUUCUUGGAGCCAGAGUUGGUCAUCCCGCACCGGCAGCAUCGGGUCCUCAUGACGCCCACCUUCCCAGGGAACCUGCUCUCCUCCUGGCCCCCCACCGUCACAGACGCCUCCUUCAAGGUGAAGAGCCACAUUUACAGCUUGGAGGGCCAGGACGGCCAGUACAAGCAGAUGUUUGGUCCUGAAGUCCGGACCUUGGUCCUGAGAUUGGCCCAGAUGAUCGCCCAGGCCAAGCAGACAGCAAAUUCACUCUCCGAUUAUUCAAGCGAGGCCUCGGCCAACCGGUCCUUCCUCUCCUGGCUGGGUUUUCAUCACAUUGAUAUGAAUGGGACCUACAGCACCAAUGAUCUCGACGAGCUGGGCCAGGACAGCGUCAAGAAGACGGACGAGUACCUGGAGAAAGCUCUGGAAUAUUUGUGCCAGAUAUUCCGACUCAGCGAAGCCCAGCUUACUCAGCUCAUGAUGAACGUGGGCACUGCACCUGAUGAGAAUGGAAAGAAGCAGCUUCCUGACUGCGUCAUGAGCGAUGAGGGUCUGGUUCUCACCCCACUCGGCAGAUACCAGAUCAUCAAUGGCCUGCGGAAAUUUGACAUCGAGUACCAAGGGGACCUAGAACUGCAGCCCAUCCGCAGCUAUGAAAUAGCCCCUCUGGUGCGGCUGCUCUUCCGGGUGUCGUCCACCAUUAACCGCCGGUUUGCAGGCCACAUGGAAGCACUCUGCUCGCGGGAAGACUUCCUCGGGGCCUUCUGCCGCUUCCACCUGAUUGACUCGUUCCAGGCUGAGAGGAGUAGGCUGAGCCCUGUGGCGCCGCACCGGGCCGGCCGCACCUACGGCCCCCGCAUCAGCCUGCGCUGGCUGGCCAGCUGCCGCACACUGGUCUCCUUGCUGACAGUCUUCUUCGUCGCGUCCUUGUUCUGCGUCGGGCCGAUACCCUGCACGGCCCUCCUCCUUGUCGUCUACCUUCUGUAUGCUAUCAUGAUGACAGUCAUCACCCAGAAGCUGAAGCCUCACCAGCACUGAAGUGCUUGCCGGGGGCACGCCUUCCCUGGCAGCCCCUAGACCCACGGAUACUGUGUCUGCUGGUCACCACACAUUUUGUCGUGUAAUUUUUUAACAGAGCCACGCACGCUGGCAAAGCUGCUGUUGUGUAGGGCAGCUGGAAGGAGGGGCGCACAGCACAGCUGGAUUGUGUGGACUGACAGGUGCCCCCUGGGACAGGGAUGACCGGGGAGCCCACCUCCUGACAUGCUGGACACUGCGCACAGGGCAGGUCUGGGCCCAGGUUUGUGGGCAUCUUUGCUGUAAGGGGUGGUGAGGGCCUCUGGCCAGGGAUCCAUCUUGAGCCGUGUUUUACUGGGCAGGGCUGGGGUGGGCUAGGGUGUGGGUGCUGAGUGCACAAAGGUGAUGGCAGCCAGGGAGGGCACCCUCCCCUUCCAACUCCGCCUCUUGGGGCAGCACCACUCCCCAGCCCCCCAAGGUUCUGAAUGUGCCAAGAAUGAUGGGGACUCAGGCUCUUCAUCCUCUCAGAUUUUAUCUUUCUAGGGUUCACACCCUAACCCUUCAGGUGCUCCUGGUUAUUCAGCAAAACCACAGCGAGAACUCCGCACAUGUUCAAGUGCUCUGUGUUUGGGGUCCCUGGGGAUGGAGAGCAGAGGAGGGUUGGACAGCUAGGGGUGAGGUGAGGGAUUUCCAGCUCGAAAUGUGCCGGCCGUCCUGACUCUGGGCAGGAAGAGAGCAGGGAGCGUUACUUGAUCCCAUCUUUCUGAGUCAUCAGCCCUGCCCAGAGGGGACCCUUCCGUGGCCAGGCUGAACCGUGGCUCAUCCUGAUGAGUGCUUGCCUCAUGAUGGAUUUCCCCAUCUCAGACCUAAACAGAGAGUUCCUAAAGCUCCUCCCGGGGAAAUCCAAGCCUGCCACCCACUUUGCUCAAAGCUCAGUGUGGCAGAGACAAGGGGGUGCCUCCUCUCCCCUCCUCCUGCUUCCUCCCUGACCUGCCGUCCUCACCCGGGGGGAAGCAGUUUUCCUCUGAUGUCACUAACCCCUCAUCUUAUUUUGUGGAAAACCGCCGGGGUAUUAGGGAAGGUGGACAGUCCUAUUCGCACAAGGGAUGGGGGCGGAAGGACACUCCAGCGCCUUCCCAGCCUCAAUGAUGUUCAAGGUGCACAAAACUGGUUUUUACUUCUUUGGUUCCUUGUCUAUGCCCAGGGCUUUUAUGAGCUCCAGCAGUGACCCCCGAGUAAUCGCUGUGCAUAACUUCUAGCCUCUCUGUUGUGUUUAUCGUGAAGCACUUUGCGGGUGCAGUCUGAAUUUCUGGGUGUCUUUCUGCUCCAAAGGUAUCCGUUUUCAGGCACAUGUGUUGUAAAGUGAAUUUUUUGUAGUCAGUCCUGUUUUCCUGAUGGGUUUCCUUUAUAAAACCAAAGACAUUCUGCUGGAAAAGUGUGGUGCUCAGAUAGGAAGAAAUCCGUGCUUUGGGUUGUCUGGAACAUUGCACUUUGAAGGCUCGGUGCAUGGAUGUCCGAUGCCGAGCUGAGCUUGUGACAUUUGAGCUUGUGCCCGAGUUCCUUCCAGCCCUGAAAUUGUGUGAUGGGUGGGUGAUGGCGGUCUGCUCUGGAGCGGCAGCAGGAGGAGUGGUGUGCUUGACCAUCCCCGCCCCUCGGCGGGUAGUGCAGAAUGUCCAGUGUCCCUGGAGUGUCCAGUACGCCCCAGGCUCCUAGGCCUGGGACCAUCAUGGUAGUAACAAAACCAACAGGGAAUCCCAGGGCUUAGGGUCUUUGGAGAUCCCUCCCCAUUUUCCAGACGAGCUAACGGGUCCAGAGAGCGGUGGGCUGACUCGCCAAGGUGGCAGCAGAUUUAAAUCCACUUCUCCCAGGUCAGGCCUUUCUGCUAUCGUGUUACCUCUUGUAAUUCUCAUGCAUUCUGUUGAUGUCUUUUCUAAGCCCCUUCCCACACUGAGCACUUCUGUGACAAAGGGUUAUGCAAAAACAUUCCCUGCCAGAACCACAUCUGCCACUGUAUACACCAUUCUGUCCUGGCAGCCCCUCACCUCUGCUGUGAAGAGAGUGAGAAAUCAUAGCUGCCUCCCCAGGCAUCCUGUGUGUUCUCGGUUCCACUCCUUUCUCUGCACUUGUACCUGUCGAUCACACGCUUGGCCUUUCUUGCGGCAUUGCUUUGGUUUGUGAGCAUGCCUUCUUAGCUGAUAGAGAGUCCUAGAACAAAUUGUGUCCUGGGAAUGUUCCUGUGCUGUAAGAAACAAUGAAUAUAGAUUCAGAGAAUUAUGGGGAGACCUGGGUAAACUGAUUCAGAGAAGUUGGUGGAACCGGGAGAACAUCGAAAGGUCAGCAGCCAGAUAAAUAGGGUGACCUCGUCCCCAAAGAAGAGGUCAGGGAAUUCCCUGGGGGGAUGAGUGGCCAGCUUGGUCAGGCUCAAGUGAUAGAGAAGCGUGUUGGGUUUUUUCACACUCUUUCUUUGUUAUGAGGGAUGGCUGAAUGGGGAGUGCGGGAUGUAUUUGAAAAUUAAGAUGAUGUAAAAGAACAAAGCUCUCCAUAAAAGGCCCCAGGGGGCUGCUGCUAUAGCACUGGGCCUUUGCUCUUGUGCUUGGCUUCCUGGGAGUCUGGGCCCAGCAGUGGGAUUCCUGAGUCAGAGGAAGGUUCAGUCACUUCUGCUGGACAAUCCAAAAUUGAACAUCAGAGUGGUCGGAGCACUCAGGCAUUCCGCAGACUGCACACACGUGCCCGUCUCUUCACAGCUGCAACAUUAAACGUCUCCCUCUUUGUUCAUCUUCACCACUUUGUGUGGAAUGAGGUGAAAUACUAGGGCUGGCUUCGUGUAGCAAGUAGAGCCAGGCUGGAAGCCAGGAAGAUCAGGGUUCAAGUUCACCUCUGACGGGUGUCACUUCUCAAGGGCCAGUCUGUGUUUGUAGGCGUUUCCUCACCUGAAGUUUCUGAUGCCAGUGAAAUCACCCUGGUAGCUUCAAAUCCUUAUUGUUGAGCAGGAGCAUCUGUCGCUAUGACCAUGAAUACUUUGUACAUUUUCUUUUUGAAACUUCCCACUUUGAGCACUUCCCUCUUGGGAAAUGAUUCUUAUUGGAUCAAUUAAUUCUGUGUAUUUUGGAUGAUGUUAAAUGCGAAUAUUUUCCCUUACUGUAUGUCUGAUUCUCUUCUGUCAACAUUGAUUUUAUUUGUAUAGAUGCUUUUUAAAAAUUGCAUGUAUUCAAAGGGGUUGAUUUUUCUCAUAAUCACACACCAUCCAUGGUUGUUAAAGUAUCUGAUCCCAUUCCCUUCUAAAUUGUUUAUGAUGUGACAGAUUUUUCAAAAUAUUCUGGUCGAGUAUUUUACCGAAUUUCAAAUUUACAUGGCAGUAAUCAUCAAAAAUAUUUGAUAGUGGCUAAAAAAAUAAAUCAGUGAAAUAGACUAGAUAUGCAGAAAUGGAAAGAGUUUUUGUUUUUAAAGCCCCAUGUUUGAUCAACCCUCCCUUUUUGAGAACUGCUAAGAAAAGGGAAGAGUGGAAGGAAGAUCAUAGUUCAGCUCUUGUUUUACAGAUGAGACUGAGGCCCACAGAAGAUAAUGGCUCUCCCGAUACCCUGUCAGUGUUCUUUAGUACACUAAGUCCGGGUUGCACGAUUACUGGCCUUUUCUUAAAGGAGGAAUUAAUUUUGUUUCCCCCACCAAGUGUUAUGAUUUAGCAACAUAAAGUUCGAGUCAAUAAGUGAAAUUUACCCAUCUUUCAGAAACCCGGACAUUGCCGGUUUAGGUGUGUUGUGCACUUGGUAAAGGUAAGUCAGAGCUAGGAGGGGGACGAAGAGAGCAAGGGGGUUUCUGGCUAGAUGGCAGCUAGUGGAGAUGCCCACACCGGAACACAUACACACACACACACAAGUCCAGUAAACAAAGGACAGCAGAGGGAGAAGGAAGGGCAUGGAUUGGGUGAAACCAGAAGACGUGACUACACAAAGGAUGUCUCCAGUAAAAG